GGGGAGGUUUAGCGGAAGCUCCUCCGCUGCCAUGUUUGAGCCUCCUCCUCCUCCUCCGCGAUAGAAGGAGCCAAAGCAGCCGCCUUUCGGGGCUUUGUUGUCGGCUCCAUGUAGCGGCCAGGCCCCGGCGGAGGAGGAGGAAGGGGAGGCCGAGGAAUAACGGGGGGAUAAGCGGGGAAAGGAGGGGUGAAAAACAGCCUCCAAAAUCCAGGCCUUCGAGGAGGAGGAGAAGGAGAAGAAGGUUUAAUCAUCUAGGCCUGGCUUUGAUCUUUUAUCUUUUUAAUCUUCACAAUUUAUAUAUAUAUAUAUUAUAUUAUAUAUAUAUAUUUCUCAUAAAAGGGGCUUUAUUUCCUUCUUUUUGUGUUUAUUCGCCGCAAUGGAAGCCAAUUGGACCGCGUUCCUCUUUCAGGCUCACGAAGCGUCACACCACCAACAGCAAGCGGCGCAGAACAGUUUGCUGCCCCUCCUGAGCUCUGCAGUUGAGCCCCCUGACCAGAAACCAAUUUUACCCUUGCCGAUAACACAGAAACCUCAGCCACCUCCAGAAACACUAAAAGAUGCCAUUGUCGGGAUUAAAAAGGAGAAACCGAAAACCUCCUUUGUGUGUACAUACUGCAGCAAGGCCUUCAGGGACAGUUACCAUCUGAGGCGCCACGAGUCCUGCCACACAGGGAUCAAGUUAGUGUCACGGCCAAAGAAAGCUCCUGCCACAAUGGUACCCCUAAUCUCGACCAUCGCGGGUGACAACAGCCGGACAUCGCUGGUUUCGACCAUUGCAGGCAUCUUGUCAACGGUCACUACGUCUUCCUCUGCCACCAAUCCAAGCAGCAGCGCUGGUGCCACGGCCAUGCCAGUGACGCAGACAGUGAAGAAGCCCAGCAAGCCGGUCAAAAAGAACCAUGCCUGCGAGAUGUGCGGCAAGGCCUUCCGCGAUGUCUACCACCUCAACAGGCACAAGCUGUCCCACUCGGAUGAGAAGCCCUUUGAGUGCCCAAUUUGCAACCAGCGUUUCAAAAGGAAGGAUCGCAUGACCUAUCACGUGAGGUCUCAUGAGGGUGGCAUCACCAAACCCUACACCUGUGGUGUUUGUGGAAAAGGCUUUUCGAGGUACCAUGUAGAAAAUCCCAGGCCUGAUCACUUAAGCUGUCAUGUCAAACACGUGCACUCCACAGAGAGGCCCUUCAAAUGCCAAACCUGCACAGCUGCCUUUGCCACCAAAGACAGGCUGCGAACGCACAUGGUGCGCCAUGAAGGAAAAGUAUCAUGUAACAUCUGUGGUAAACUUCUGAGUGCAGCAUAUAUUACCAGCCACCUAAAGACUCAUGGGCAGAGCCAAAGUAUCAACUGUAAUACCUGUAAACAAGGAAUCAAUAAAAAAUUUGGAUUUUUCAAGCAAGAAAAUCUACACCUGCCUGCUUCAUGCAUGAAUGAAGAGAGCAACAGCCAGAAGCAGCAGCAACAGCAGCAGCAGCAACAACAACAGCAGCAACAACAACAGCAGCAGACACAACAACAUGUCUCCAACUGGCCUGGAAAACAGGUAGAGACCCUGAGAUUAUGGGAAGAAGCUGUCAAAGCAAGGAAGAAAGAAAGUCAACAGACUCUGAGGCCAACUACAGUCAAGCAAGAAUGUCAGUACAACUUUGAGAAGGCUAUAGAGUACGUACCAUUCGAAGCUGCUAACCUGUGCCAAACCUCCACUGCGGCCACUACGCCUGUGACCCUUUCUACUGCUUUCAAUAUCACCUCCUCGGUGGCAUCGGGAACGAUCACCAAUCCAGUCACCGUGGCUGCUGCCAUGAAUAUGAGAAGCCCCGUCAAUGUCUCGAGCGCAGUUAACAUCUCCAGCCCGAUGAGCUUAGGCCACCCGGUCACUAUAACCAGUCCGUUGUCUAUGACCUCUCCGCUGACGCUCACCACACCUGUCAACUUACCAACUUCGGUAACUGCUCCGGUGAACAUCGCACAUCCAGUCACCAUAACCUCGCCCAUGAACCUCCCGACGCCAAUGACAUUAGCUGGCCCGUUAAAUAUAGCAAUGAGACCCGUGGAGAGCAUGCCUUUCCUUCCCCAGGCAUUGCCCACCUCUCCCCCCUGGUAGAAACAAAGCAAAGCAAAACCUCUCAGCAGUAUUAAAAGAAGAAUGAAAAGCAAGUCCAUACCAGCAAUUAUCUUUUUGUUUUGUUUUUUUAGUUAACAGUGGUUGCGAAACCAGACUUAAUUCCGCUGGGGCAAAAAAUCGUGCGCCAGUUUUGUUUGUGUUUAAAAAGACACUCGAUUUAGCGCGUCACUAUUUAGUUGGCUGGCUGUUGAUCUGUCCCUGGAUUCCUUGGUUUCCUUUAACUUGGCAACGACGUUGAAAGAGAAGAACUAGCGAGAGGUGAAUCCAGUUUAUGUGUAUCUCCUUUUUUUAAAUAAAUAAAUAAAUCGGCAUUAUGAAUAAUCCUAGAAAUCAUGAAUGAAGAAAACGGUUUUAAUCUUAACACUAAUAAUAAGUCUGCAAAUGAGGUCCUCCAUAACUGCAUGGUGGCGAUGGAUCACUUUUUAAUUUGCCAGCUCUGUAUCCCUCCGAUUAAGAAAGUAGAGUCGUAGUGUUUGUUUUUUAAGUAAAUACAUUUCAUGGUCCUAUUUUAUUUUAAUUUUAAUUUUUUUUAAAUGCAUAUUUUUUUGGGAGUAAUUAUGCAUUUUACCUUUUGGGAAUAUGAUGAUUUCAGGCCGAAUUCCCUAUGGGAAAAGUGAUACCAGCUCUGAUAUGCAAAGCAUACGGUGACUUUUUAUCAUUCUGACUUCGAAAUGACGAUAUAGGGAUUGUGACCUGAUAUUUGGAGAUGUAAAUACUUCGUGACAUAUUACCCUAAGGGAAUAAUAGAACAUCAUAAAGUCGACGUAUUUGAAAAGAAAAGAAAAAUGAAAGGACUGUUGUAACGUUUGGAAAAGAACAGCCAUAGCUGGCGAAAGAGGAUUUGGAACCUGCCGAAGAGUGGUCUUGGGUCAAAACCCAGCCGGGACUCUUUUUGAAGAGCAAGCGGUAGGCUUUGGAAAAUGGAAAAACAUAUGCUUUAAGCUGGAAGACUGUAGAGGUGCUGGGGUAAGAUGUGCAUCUACCCCCAUUCUCUCAAUCCGAACCUGCCGACGUUGCGACGGCGAGAGCAGGUGGCGUUCCUUAGAAGUUUUUCUUUUUUUGUCUUAUAAUAUAAAACGGUAUACAGUUUUUAUUCUAACCACUAACUAGCUAGGAUGCCCCUUUCAGGACAAGCCAAGAGUGCAUCUUAAUUUUGUGUUUCCGUUUUGUUUACCUUUUCUUCUCAAUCGAGUGUUUGUGUGCGCUCUCUUCGGUUUUGUAAAUACUUGCAGGAAAAAAAAAACCUCUCCCUCUCAUCAUUUGUACUUUUUUCUUUAGUUUAUUGUGUUAACACAUAGUUAUUGGCUUGUGGGGUUUCCCAGUCGCUGUCUGACCCAUCCGGUGAAGCGAAAAUCCCCACCUUUUUCUUCCCCCCACGAACGGUCACGUUUUUAAAGAAACUGGCAUCAAACCACGCAUCCUUUAUUUCUCUUAUAUCUGUACAUAAAGUAGUAUGGAAAAAAUCUAGGGAAGGGAUUAUUUUUUUUUCCUUUUUAGCCUAUCAUGUCACAGUCACUUUUAAAAUCUUUGCUUUUAAAUCUGUACCCAAAUAAUUGGAAAGGAAAAAAGUGGGGUCAGAACUCUGUUCUUGGAUCAGAACGGAGGUGACGGUGCCGUCGCGGUCGAUAUUUUGGGCUUUUAAAACAAGACGCUGGCAAGCUUUGAGAGGGUUUUGAAAGUCCACCGUUUUUGUGUUUUUAUACCCCUUGUGUCAGUGUAAAAAAGCAGCAUAUUUCGUACUUUUUGAGGCAGACGUCUGGGGGUCAGGAGACGGAUGUCCGGAUUACGUGAAAACGGUUCUAGGGGCUUGGACUACAUAGUAAAAAAUAAAAUAAAAUGGGGAAAAAUAAUAGAACUUAGUGUAAAAUAAUUUUAUAAAUGAUCUUUUGUACCUUAGGACAUCAAAUUGUACAACUUUUGUAUAUAUAAAGCUUAGGAACUUCCUGUGUAGCAAAAAAGAACACAUUCCUACACUUUUAAUGUAUAUGUUUGUUAUAAUGUCAUGUAAACAUAUGCCCCAUGUUUGUGCCUUUUAAUUAGUUUGUCUCAAUAAACAGAAAUGUAGAGA